UAUGCUGACAAGCAGGGAUGGCCAGGGAUCGCAAUGGGAUACCGAUAGCUUUCUGUAGUAAAAAGGUUGUUGAGGUGUCAAUGGAGACCUACGAGCUGCGAAUCCAUUCCGAAACUGAUCUGGAACAUAGGAUUCAGUAUGAAAAAUAAACUCAAUAAGCUAUUGGAUUGGGUCUGGAUCGCAAAAUUAGAGUCAGAAUCUUCCUGGGUUGGGAUUUGCUCGGAUUCGUUGCAUCUGCUGCAUGCAGUAAUUUCUUCUCCCUAUCGUAUAUAUUUCCGUCAGUUUGUUACACUGCUGUCAGUCAUUUGUGCUGUAAUCGUUUUGUAUUUCGCACUCUUGGUUAUGACCCAACAAAGCAAGGCUUCCUCUGCUUUACCAAAAAAAAAAAAAAAGCCUCUCUCCACCGGAACCAUCACUUGGAAUCUGAAAAAGGAGGCUAUAAAGACAAAAAAAGCAAGCCGUGGCAGAGCAGAACAAUGACUUGGAGUCCCACCCCUCACCGCCCCCCCAAGAAAAAAAAAAAGAGAAAAGAAAGAAGACUUGGAAGACUUUCCGAAGGAGCUUUGGGGCGCACUGCGGCUAGAAAACCUGCAGAUCGAACGCCAUCUCAUCCUUUGAGAUAUCACUUCUCCUCUCUCCUCCUCUAGACCAAAAAGCGAAUCCAAAAAAAUCAACCCGGAGAAAUCCGAUACUAACUCCCCUUCCCCCUCUUCUCCUAACCUAAAACAGAGGGCAAUUGCGACCCAACCGCCAGACCUCAUCCCACACCUCGCUGUGCUCCCACCGAAUCCACCUCCAUGGCUUCGUUCGACAAAGCCACAGAAUCCUACAAAAAAGCCCUGACCGCCGCCGCAUCCGUUGCCGCCUCAGCGAUGCUGGUUCGCUCCGUGGUCAAGGAGUUCCGUUCCGUCGUCGAUGAGGUCCUCCCUCACGAAGUCCAAAGCUUCCUUCUUUCCAGCCUCAACAUCUUUGGAAGCCGUGCUCCCUCUGAGCACACCAUCGUCAUCGAGGAAAACGAAAAGUACGCCAGGAACCAAAUUUAUGAGGCCGCAAAUCUUUACCUGGCCACCAGGAUCAACCGCUCCAUGAAGAGGCUGCGGGUUAGCAGAGUAGGUGAAACAAAGGGCAUAGUCAUCUCUUUGGAACCAGGCGACGAGAUGAUCGAUGUCUUCGAAGGGAUCGAGUUCAAGUGGCGAUUCCUGUGCCGAGAGUCGGAGGGAUCGCAUAACAAGAACCUCCGGCAACCGAUCACUGAAAAUGAACUCCGGUCGUUCGAGGUCAGCUUCCACGAGAAGCACAGGGACGAGGCGUUGAAUUCUUACUUGCCAUUCAUCCUGGCCCGAGCAAAAGCAAUCAAGAAAGAGCAGAAGACGCUCCAAAUCUACAUGAACGAGGGGAAGUCAUGGGUCCCAAUAAACCUUCACCACCCGUCGACAUUCGACACGCUGGCGAUGGAGCAAGAGCUCAAGAGGACGGUCAUGGAGGAUCUCUCAAGGUUCGUGAAAAGGAAGGACUAUUACAAGAGGAUUGGGAAGGCCUGGAAGCGAGGGUACUUGCUAUAUGGCCCGCCGGGGACCGGCAAAUCGAGCUUGGUUGCCGCGAUGGCGAACUACCUCAAGUUUAACAUCUAUGAUUUGGAGCUCACCGCAGUGGGAUGGAAUUCAGCCUUGCUAAAAAAAUUGCUGAUUCGAAUGUCGAACCGAUCGAUUCUAGUGAUCGAGGACAUUGAUUGCGCAACCGAGCUGCAGCAUAGGGAGGAGACUGAAUCGUCGAAUUCAUCUUCAGGGGAUGACAAGGUGACACUCUCAGGGCUGCUCAACUUUGUGGAUGGACUGUGGUCGACCUGUGGCGAGGAGAGGAUCAUUGUGUUCACCACCAACUACAAGGAGCGGCUUGACCCGGCACUGCUCCGGCCGGGCCGGAUGGACAUGCACAUCCACAUGGGCUAUUGUGGUCCCCAUGCUUUCAGGGUCUUGGCUUCCAAUUACCAUGCCAUUGAUGACCACCACUUGUUCCCGGAGAUUGAAGGGUUAGUGAGGGAGGUCGAGGUGACCCCGGCGGAGGUCGCGGAGGAGCUGAUGAGGAGUGAUGACACUGAUGUUGCACUCCAAGGGCUUGUCGAGUUCCUCCAAGAGAAGAAAAAGAAAGCUAGCGGAGCCAAGGUCAAGGAAGAUCCCGUCGAACAUGUCGCAAGAAUGGAUCAAGAGACUGGUGUGCAGGUGCCAGGAGCAUGAUGAUGAUAACGAAAAAA